AUAUAUAUAUGUAAACAUAAUUAAGUCUAAAUCUCUGAACAUUAACCUGAAUAAUGGUGUCUCUAGGAGUUUUCUACACCCUAGUUUUUCUCUUGGCAAUCUUAUUCACAGUUUCUGAAGCUAACAGCAACAGAAAACUCCUCCAAACUACCACUAAUUACCAACCGAUAUAUUCUCCUCCUCCACCGCCUUAUCGAUCUCCAGUUACUAUUCCUCCUCCUCCCCCGGUUUAUUCUCGUCCGGUUGCUUUUCCUCCUCCACCUCCAAUAUAUUCUCCUCCUCCUCCUCCGAUCUAUCCACCUCCAAUAUAUUCUCCUCCUCCUCCUCCAAUCUAUCCACCUCCAAUAUAUUCUCCUCCUCCUACUCCAAUUUCUCCACCUCCAAAAGUUCAUCAUCCUGCGCCUCAAGCUCAAAAAGCCUUCUACUAUAGGCAAUCUCCUCCACCCCCCUCCGGACAACCUUGGUGGUGGUUGCUGUAGGCGGUAAUAUAUUUCUAAUGUCAUAAAACAUGCUUAGUGCAUUACUAUUGUCUUUGGUUUUGAUGUUUCUCAGUUUUCUUUGAUGUAUUUCUAUUUUGUAAUUGUAAUGUGAGUGAAUUUUUAAUCUUCUCGGUUUGUUCAAUUCUUUUUCGUGUUUUUUUUUUUUUUGUACUUUUGAUACUAUAAAUGUCUUCA